GGCCUCUUAUCGAUAGACGUGCUCUCCCGUCCCCUUGUCAGAUCUCGUUUCUGCUUCAGCUUCAUCCUUAUCACCAUUAUUCUUUCUGUUUUUCUUUUUCAUAAAACAGCGAAUGAAUUGAAGCUUCGUGGACUCUUUCUAUCUAUCUUCUCUUUUUCUUUUAAGACAAGGAUCAAAGCAAACUCAAGGGGUUUGUCGGAUUUUCGGCUUUUUGUUCAGUGGUUAAAUCUGAAGUUUUUAGAACAGUUCCAUGGCCUUUGAGCAAUAUUAUGCUCAAGAAUGGAAGACCAUCCCCAGUGCUUCAACAUCUGAGAAUUUGAAUGGUAGCUUUGACUGCAAUAUCUGCUUAGACUUUGCACAUGAGCCGAUUGUCACUCUUUGCGGCCACCUCUACUGUUGGCCCUGCAUCUAUAAGUGGCUUCAUGUCCAGAGUGACUCCCUCGCUUCAGAUGAGCACCCACAAUGCCCAGUUUGCAAAGCUGAUAUAUCCCACACUACCAUGGUUCCCCUUUAUGGUCGGGGCCAAUCUGAACCUGAGCUUCCAGGCAAGGCACUUUAUAGGGGUAUGGUGAUACCCCCUAGACCACCUGCUUGGGGUACCCGAGCUCUGUUAUCAACUACAUCCCCGAAUGGUGAGCAGCUUCCUUAUCGAAGUCCUUAUCAGAAUCAAAACAACAACCCCCAUGCUUACUAUGAAGGGAAUUCCUCCUCACCAUUGCUGAACCUCGGAGGCACCACUAUGACCGGAUUACAUCAUCCGGUAAUAGGGAUGUUUGGAGACAUGAUAUACGCAAGGGUGUUUGGAAACUCAGAAAGCUUGUACACUUACCCAAACUCAUAUCAGCUAACGCGAAAUGGUAGCCCCAGGUUGAGAAGGCAUGAGAUGCAGGCUGACAGGUCACUCAAUAGAAUUUCAAUUUUCCUCUUCUGUUGUUUUCUUUUGUGCCUCAUCGUAUUUUGAGCUUCUCUUUUACCCUUUUUUUUUUUUUUGUAUAUUUUGUAAAGAAUCACGAUGUAAACUUAUAUACGGUAUAGCCAUAUAGCAUUGAUAAGAUCAUAUUAUAUUUUAUAUGAAAUUUGAUAUGCCAUUUUCAUCCAUUAGUAUCGGAAGCUCCAAAAAAGAGCUACAAAAAUAAAUUAAUUUAAAUUCUGAAUUCAACUUUCUCAACAAUCCUUACCCUCUCAUUAAUCAUUGCAAGAGUUUUUUUUUUUUUUAUUCCACGAAUUAAGAUGAAGGCAAAUUCCCCACCAACGUGUGCUUUAGUCAGUG